AUGUUCUUGAUUUCAAUCCAGGUUAGCGAAGCAUUACACGAUAUCACAAGUUUCGUCCAAAUCUUCUACAGUUCAUUCGCGUCGCGUUACCCACUUGUUGGGUCUCACAUUCAAACCAGGCAUCCCCUUCGUAACGACCUUCAUCCAUAUCCACCAUCGGCCGAUUCACCAAAGUGCCAACCUUUUGAACAACCUCGUAAACUUGUGACUCAAGAACAACAACUUGUUACAGCUGAUUCAACAUUGAUUUUUGUUCUGUUGAUGGUUACCGUAGGUAGUUUUCUCCCUUCCGUUAAGAACGCUCUGACAAAUGCAAGCCUGUUGGUAGGACAACUUAGUCAGCUUCAUAAAGACGUACCAGAUAAUUGCAAAAGGGAGCAGGACAUUAAUUUGGAAAAAACAUGA